AUGUUCUGUACUCAAUUUGAUAAAGCUCAACUUCAAAGUGUGACAAUAAGCGACGUACAGCAAUCUAUGUCGCACUACGGGCGAGCAGGUAGUGAGCGCAUGACGCUCGUGGUUGACGUUGACCACACCCUUACGAACCUAUUGGAAUGUGCAGCGGCGUGGCAUGAGUCUGAACAUGGCUCGAAGAUUAACGUGAAGAAUCUAUUGUUCGGAAAUUUGGCGACUAUUUGGGGUGAGGAUGAUGCUGCGAGUAAAUUGCACCAAUUUUACGAGUCCAAACAGUUUGAAACGGAUCUCGUGGCAGUAGCAGGGGCUAGCGAUGUGCUAAAGCCACUGCGCAAGUAUUUUUCAUUACUGGCCAUCACAGAUCGUCCACGCUUUGUGGAGAAACAGACUCGCGAAUGGUUGGACCAUCACUAUCCAGGAGUUUUUGAUAAGCUUGUGUUUGUAGAUGAAGAUCAUUCCGAGCACUUCGUAGCACGCAAAAAGGAAGUAUACGACGAAUUGAAAGCCAAGAUUGUAGUGGGAUCUGACGCGGACAUGCUGGUGAAGGCUGCCGUGGACGUUGAACAUGUUGUCAUGAUUGGAUCAGUCCCAAAGGCAGAGAAAGCGAAGAAGUUUUCUGCAAGCGUGACUCAAGUUGCCGAUUGGUUUGCAGCUCAAAACGUGCUCGAUCAGGUUAUCAAGGAUCUCAAGAUCCAACCGUCCGAGAAGGUAUUUGCUGGCCCCCGUCUUUCGCGAUACACGGAUGAUCUAGUGACCGUAUCGACACGAAAACCAGCAGUUUUCUACGCUAACAUCAUCAAUUCGAAGUUUACGGUACAAAAGCAGGAAAGUGUUCGACUACAAGCAUCUGAGGCGGCAAUCACGACAGCUGUACAAGCAGCUGAAAUUCUGCGUAACCAGAACAAUGCCACCACGACCAAAAUUAUGACUCGUUACGCGCUGAAUCGGGCCAAAGAACGCGGCGGCUAUCGCGUACCGAAAAUCGAGCUGGUACUGCAACGCGUCGCGCGCGAAGCCUAA